UGCAUUGAUAUCAGCUUCAGUACAUAUUUGGAGAAUAUUUUAGAAUAAUUUAAGUGAUAUAAAUAACAUGUAUUAACGAAUUUAUAUUUAUUUAUUUUCUUGCAUUAUUGAAGUAUUAAUAAGUGAUUUGAGGGACACAUUCGGCAGCUGCUAUAAUAUGGUCCGGUGCUGUAUACUGGAGCUGUGUGUGUAUGCGUGCAUCUGUUUCAAAGAUUUACAAACAAUUAGCAAUCCAUAAAUCCGCGCAAUGUUUUAGAGCCUAAUUAUGGAUGAAUACGAAGCACAACUGAUAGUUGUGGAGCAGGCGUUACAAAAUUCCACCGACGACCAGCAACGCCAGGAACUUUUGGCUCUGAAAACGAAUCUACAGGAGCUAUUAGCCCUCACCAAUGAUACAGAAGAUGAGAGACCAGCCGAAGAUGUGCCUCAAAAGGGAGACAACCUGGACGACGAGCUGCAGCGGCUCAAGUGCGAACUUAACGACCUGGAGGAGGCUGGCGCAGGCACAUCAACUGCAGAUGAGGAGCAGCAGUUGGCGGAGUUGAGGGCCAAGUACACAGCCAUGGUGGGCGAGAAGUGCUCAGCUCCGCACGAACACAGCUGGGGUGCCUUGAGCUAUCACAAUUCCCUAAUCUGUGGCGUGGACGAUGACGUGAUCAUCAAUGGCGACGGUGUCUUGGAUGUCCGGUUGCGGGUGCUCUUCACAAAUCCCACGCAUCGCGAGAUGUUGCCCUGCUCCUAUUACCUCGAGGGCGAAUGUCGCUUCGACGAGACGAGGUGUCGCUUCUCCCACGGCGAACUGGUCAGCGGCAGCUCCAUUAGGAAAUACAAGGAGCCCGACUUUCACAAACUAUCCCGUAGUUGUCCGGUAUUGGCCCUACUACCGGAUCGUCUCUGGCACCGUGGCCGGGUCCUAUGUGUUAAUUUUGUGGAGCAGGUGUGUCGAGUGCGUUUGGACGGCCAGGAACACAAGGAGAGGGAGCGAGACUUCAAGUUCGAGGAGCUAUUUCCGCUCACGACCGAUCAAGAUGAAGACGAGGCUGAGCUAAGCAGUGGGGAUAGCAGUUCGACUUUGAACGAAGAAAGCAGUGAUGAGGCGGACUCGGACAUGGAUGACCUGGAGGAGGCCCGGCGAGCUCGCAUGGUGGAGCUUAGUUUGUUUACCUUUAAGCCAUCAGAAAAGCUGGGCGCCUGGGAGGAAUUCACGCGGGGCAUUGGGUCCAAGUUGAUGGAGAAAAUGGGCUACAUCCAUGGCACGGGUCUGGGGUCAGAUGGAAGGGGCAUUGUAACCCCAGUAAGUGCCCAAAUACUUCCCCAGGGUCGGUCUUUGGACGCCUGUAUGGAGCUGCGUGAGGCUGCCAGGGAUAAGGACUACUUCAGCGUGGAGCGAAAGCUAAAGCGAGCCCAGCGCCGCCAGAGAAAAGCGGGCGAGAAAGCCUACGCCCGCGAGUCACAACGCACGGAUGUCUUUACAUUCCUGAACGGCAGCGUGCUGGGCAGCGGGGAUAGCAGUCAGAAAGGCGAACAGGUGGCGAAGAAGGCGAAGACCAACGAACUGCAGCAGCACUCCACCAAAACUCUCAAUGUGGAGACGGUGCGGGUGGCUGAUGAGAUCCGACGAAAGCAAAGGGAUAUAGCCAAGGUUCAGCAAUCACUAAACAGGAAUGCCGGUGAUGUGCAGCUUCAGAAGAGACUGCAGCUGCAAAUGGACACCCAGAAACAGGAGCUGGCAACUCUUCAGACCCAGGAACGCAGCCUCAGCAAGGAACAGCAGACGCGCAAGAGCAAGAAUAAAAUGUUUGAGUUUUAAUACAUAUAAAAAGCUAUGGAUUUAUAAUAUAA